UAAACACAAAACACAAGCAGAAGGCAGAAGCACAUCCUUCUACUCUCGAAAUCUCGCUUCUCGGGCCAUCGAUCGUGAAUAUCAAGAAUAAUCAGAGCGUGCUUCAUUGCUUCCUCGAGAGAGCGAGCGAGCGAGCGAGCGAGUAACCGAAAGCUCCAAAAUUUACACAUGGUUGCUUCGAUCUAUGCCCUCCCCAGUUGCAUACCAAUCUCAUAGAGCCAAACCCAUUUACCCUUACUCCAUUGGGUUGCUUGUGUGGAGGGGGAUUGGAUUUUGGCACGUUGCCUGGCGUUAUAAUGCUGGUUUCUUGAUGGGGAAUCUGAUGGGUUGAACUCAAAGAAUAAUGGGUAGCUUUAGUGAAGAGGAAGAAGAUUGUGGAUUUUUUGAUGCACAAGAGGAAAUUGCAUCAACAUCCGAUGCAGGGUCUGAAACCGUUGAGAUAUUUGAUUCCAAUUCUUCCUUCACCAAUUGGGUUCCAGCUGGUUGUCCGUAUGAUGUGUGGAAUAGAACCCCGGGAAGUGUGAAGGAGCGGCGGGUUAAGUUUCUGGAGUGGAUGGGACUGAGUACGGAUCGAGAGACUUCAGUGGAAAUAGCAAGUGAUGUAGCAGGGGAGGUUGAGAGAGUUAGAGAGAGUAGUGGGGCUGUGUUGAGAACCACCUCAUGUGUUGAGGAUGAGUAUUGUUUAAGUCGGUCAUUUGUGUCAUGUCGGCGUAAUGACUACUCCAUUUAUUCCUCAAUUGAGUUGGAUUGGAAGGAUGAUUCUGCAUGUAGAGAUGGGAAUUUAGGGAAGCCAUUGGAGUGUAAUGUAGAUGAAGUGAGGCUGGAUGGGAAGGUACUAGAAGGUCAAGAAGUGACCGAAGAGUCCGAGCGCAAUUCUUGUUCUUCAUCUUCAUUGUCUCUACAAUUGACGGAUAAUCGAAUGGAGGAGGCAAGCAAUAGAGCUGGGAUACUGAAGAGAGCUAAGAAGGGGUGGUUGAGUAGGUUGCGGUCCAUCGCAUGCCUUGUUGAUAGACAAGGGGAGGGUGAUGAAUUGGCACACGAUGACAAUGCUGCAAUCAUGGGGUUCAGGGCGCAAAGAGUUAAGGUUCGCCAGUGCGGGAAGCGGUUGAAGGAACUUUCAGCACUUUACAUGGGGCAAGAUAUCCAGGCACAUGAGGGCGCAAUUUUGGCAAUGAAAUUCAGUCCUGAUGGACAAUACUUGGCAAGUGCUGGUGAAGAUGGGAUUGUGCGUGUCUGGCAAGUGGUGGAGGAUGAGAGAUCUAAUGAACAUGACAUUCCGGAAAUAGAUCCAUCCUGCAUUUACUUCACAGUGAAUCAUCUCUCUGAACUAAAUCCACUAUUUUCGGAAAAGGAUACAAUAGGCAAAUCAAGUAGCCUUAGGAAAACAUCAGAUUCAGCUUGUGUUAUUUUCCCCCCAAAAGUCUUCCGGAUAUUGGAGAAACCGUUGCAUGAAUUUCACGGGCAUGGUGGUGAUAUCUUGGAUCUCUCUUGGUCAAGGAGUAAUUAUCUUCUGUCAUCUUCGGUUGACAAAACUGUUCGUCUUUGGCAAGUGGGAUGCGGUAGUUGCCUCAAAGUCUUUUCCCAUAGUAAUUAUGUGACCAGUGUUCAAUUUAAUCCAGUGGAUGAGAAUUACUUCAUCAGUGGUUCAAUAGAUGGCAAAGUACGUAUUUGGGGAAUUUCUUGCUGCCAAGUUGUUGAUUGGAGUGAUAUAAGAGAUAUAGUUACUGCGGUGUGCUAUCGCCCUGAUGGGCAGGGAGGAAUUGUUGGCUCAAUGACAGGCAGUUGCCGCUUUUAUAAUAUAUCAGAUAAUCAUUUGCAAUUGGAUGCUCAAUUAUGCUUGCAAAGUAAAAAGAAGUCCCCGUGCAGAAAGAUUACAGGCUUCCAGUUUUUCCCACAAGACUCUAGCAAAGUGAUGGUCACUUGUGCCGAUUCAAAAGUCAGAAUUCUUCAUGGUCUAUCUGUGGUCGGCAAGUAUGCUGGACAACGAAAUGCAGGAAACCAGACAUCUGCUACUAUCACUUCAGAUGGGAAACAUAUAGUCUCGGUUAAUGAGGAUUCUAGUGUAUAUGUAUGGAACUGCAAUAAUCAUGAAGAACGAGUUCUCUCUCAAGCAAAAAAGAUAAGAUCUUGUGAGCGCUUUUCCACGAAUGUUUCUGUGGCAAUACCUUGGUCUGGAUUUAAAUGUGGGACCGUAGAAAAUGAGAGGCAAUUUCAGGCUGUCGAUGAGAAUUUACCGGAGAGACUUCCUUUUUCCUCACCUGCGUGUUUUUCUCUCAGCCAAGAUUCUUUCCUUCAGUCUAUUCCCAAGGGAUCUGCGACUUGGCCAGAGGAGAAGCUUCCAACUUCGAGCCCACUGGCAAAGCAAUCUACUAUGCACAAAUCCGAGUACAAGUUUCUUAAAACUUCUUGCCAGAACACAUCCAGUUCACAUGCAUGGGGUAUGGUUAUUGUUACUGCAGGAUGGGAUGGACGGAUCAGAUCAUUCCACAAUUAUGGUUUACCAGUAACCGUUUGAUACUAUUGUGGUCUUUGACUCUUUGGCAUGGUUUUCAUAGAGUUGUAGCUAUCCCCUCUGCAGUAAACUUAUCGCGUAGUGCCUGCUUUGGUUCAUUACUGGAUGCAAAUCUAAUGGAUUGAUGAGUGACAUUACCUUUGGCAGCAUCAAUGACCACAGCAGGGUCAGGUUGACAACUCUAGCAGGCAUGUGCACGAUCGACGACCUUGAGAAUUUGGUUCUCCGAUGGGCCCCUUGUCAGAUUUCCGAAGUGACGGUGACCAUUUUAUGUCCUGACAGGUGGCUGAAAUUCCAUGGUUGUGAUGUAAUCCAAUCCGGAAUCAGCCAGUGGCCGAGGUUAGCUUGUCCAGAUAGUAUAAUUAUAACCAAUGUGGGAUGUUUUUGGUCUGCCGGUUCUCAAAUUUUAGAUGUGAAGUCAUUUGUUAAGGGAGAGCCAAUGAGAUAUUAUAUCUAUAUAAUUCAGGUGCCUGUGGGCCUUGUAGAACAUCUUUGUUCUCCAAGAUGAUGGAUAGGGAUUCAAGGGCUGGUGGCUGGAAUUCGUUUGGGGAAAAGAUGGUGGGGAACUCCACCAUUCCAUCGUGCUCGCCGGUCAGAAUGAUUGAAUUGUUGUCUGCCAUUUCUGGUCUCUCUCAUGGUAGGGUCGGCGAGCUUUGGUUGGCAGUGGGGAUGUGCAGGAAUCCAUUUCGUCUGAAGUUGCUCACUGCCUCAGCCUGGGGCUGGAAACUCAAAGACCAUCCAGUCUUUCGGGGAAGACAUGUCUAACGGGAUAUUGAUUGCGGCAGCUCAUGUGUCCAUGGAUGAGCACUCCUAACCGGGUUUUCGUCGUCGCAGACCUUUGUAUAUUUACACUGUCAAUUUAGUCUAACAUCAGCUUAGUCUAGCCUUGCAUCGUUAGCGAUUUUGUUAACUUAACAGGAAGUCCCUUCGAGAUUUUUAUGUAAUGUCAAAUGCAGUUUUACUUUCUGAUGUGUAAAUGAAAUAUUCAUGUAGUUUUUUCCUGCAUGUUCAUGCUCUAAACGAAAUGGCAAUACUACGGUAGAAAAAGUAUACAAUUACACAA